AUGAUAAUAUGUAUAUAUCUCCCUCUCCACACAGCUUCUUCUCACGUCUUCUUCAUCACCAUCACUUCCUUAUCUCACAUCUCAAUCCCAGCCAUCAUCAUCAUCGUUGUAACGCCGGAGUUGACGUCACGUUGUGGUCGUAAGUGUUCUACGUGGUUGGUUUCGUCACCGUUCAUCGCCGGAUUGUUAGAAGGAAACAAUUCAAGUGGUGGAAUUGGUGAUCCGUUUCCCGUCACGUCCGAAGGAGUUUGGCGAGUUCUUAACGGUUCUGAGUAGAUCUCGUUCCCAAGUUUUCAUAACAGUUUUCAGAUCCAAAAUCAGAGGAGGCAUUUCCGGUCACUCCUAAGCAUAGAUAGACCAAAAGACGGUUGUAUCCGAUAGAGGAAGUGUUAGAGAAGCCAUGGGACCCUUCGUCGUCACUUGAAAAGAUAUUGUCUAGGCAUCUUCAACCUUUUUCUCCCAGUUUGCGUCUCAUUCCGAGUUGCUAAGGUCACGGUGAGAAUCGUGUGUAGUCGCUCAAGUCCGUCUCGCUUAUGGUGUAUUUUGGGAAUCGCGGUUUAUUUUCUCUAUUUGUUAUUUUAUGAUACGAUUUAUUACAGAGUUUUCAAUGAUUUAAGAUUCUUUUUAAGAAAAGUUUAUAUUUUUAAGAAAAGUUUAUAUUUGAAUUAAGAAAGUAGAAUAGAGGAAAAAUAUAAGUAAGGUGAAAGCACGCAGUCUCAAUGUUGAGGGUGACGAGUGUGACACACAACUCGUUAUGUCUUAUAUAUUUCAUACAUUAUGUAGAGAUGUGAGGUUGGCCUGUACUUUGUGGGAGAGAUUUUAUGAAACACUAAUUGCU